AGGGAGGCCCUGACUUCUACGGCAGCAGUGUGAGCUACCUGGGGGUACCAGCACACGACCUCCCUGAUUUCAAUAUCAGCACCUACUUCUCCUCAGCAGCUGACUUCAUCCACCGUGCCCUCAACACACCUGGUGCUAAGGUGCUAGUGCACUGUGUGGUGGGUGUGAGCCGCUCCGCCACACUGGUCCUGGCUUACCUCAUGCUGCGUCAGCAGCUCUCCUUGCGGCAGGCGGUCCUCGCGGUAAGGCAGCACCGAUGGAUCUUUCCCAACCGUGGCUUCCUCCGCCAGCUCUGCCAGCUGGACCAGCAACUGCGGGGUGCAGGCCAGAGCUAAGGAACCCGGUAAAGAAGGGCGAGGAGGCAAAGCUGAGUGUGGCUGGCAGUGAGAAAUCAGCUGAGGACCCGGACAGUGAAGCUGGUUGGCAGGGCCGUCUGCGGCUGGAGAGCCAGUCAUUAUCCCCAGCCACAAGGCUCUGCCACUUUGCUACUCUGGCUCUGGCUUUGGCCCUGGCCCUGGCCUUGCUGGCAGCCUUAGCCCAGGUGGAUGCCCGGAGGAUGGAAAGGGCCCAAAGUCGGGCUCACCCACGAACCUGCUGCUUCAUCGGCUUCCUCCAGCGUUCCGCACACUCUCUCAGCUGUCAACUUCAAUCUUCACAGAAACAGCAUCAAGUGUGCAGAGACAGGCGACUGGAAACCGGCAGUCCACAUUGCCCGUCAGAGAGGACUACAGCCUGGCCAGGAUCUCCUUACAGGAUGGACUCACUGCAGAAACAGGACCUUCGGAGGCCUAAGAUUCAUGGGGCGGUCCAGGUGUCCCCCUACCAGCCACCCACGCUGGCCUCGCUGCAGCGAUUGCUGUGGGUCCGUCGGGCCACCACGCUGACCCACAUCAAUGAAGUCUGGCCCAACCUUUUCUUGGGAGAUGCCUAUGCUGCCCGAGACAAGAACCGUCUUAUCCAACUGGGCAUCACCCAUGUUGUGAAUGUGGCUGCAGGCAAGUUUCAAGUGGACACCGGUGCCAAGUUCUAUCGUGGAACACCUCUGGAGUACUAUGGCAUCGAAGCGGAUGAUAAUCCCUUCUUUGACCUCAGUGUCUACUUCCUGCCUGUUGCUCGAUACAUCAGAGACGCCCUCAAUACUCCCCGAAACCGUGUGCUAGUCCACUGCGCCAUGGGGGUAAGCCGCUCUGCCACGGUUGUCCUGGCCUUCCUCAUGAUCUGCGAGAACAUGACACUGGUCGAUGCCAUCCAGACGGUGCAGGCCCACCGAGAUAUCUGCCCCAACUCGGGCUUUCUCCGACAGCUCCAGGUUCUGGACAACAGGCUGAGGCGGGAAACGGGGCGGCUCUGACUCAGGGGGCGCCUGAAGCCCUGACCCCUCCAUCCAGCGUGGUCCAACCUGACAUGCCUAGCCCUGGGGAUGACAGUCUCUGCUGUUUCCAGAGACCCUGACAUGAUACCAGCAAGUCAGGGCUCCAUUGAGGCAGAGGCAGGGCUGGCUGGGUGGCACUUUCAGCAGGUGGAGUCCUUGACCCAAUACAGAAAUUCUUUAUGCCGAAGAAAAUUCAGUCUGUCUCUAUAAUAAAAGGUUCAUCAUAAUAAA